GGGCAGUAAAGCGCAUUUCAGCGGUUAGCUUCCUAAAAGAAGAAGGAGGCGUUCGUGUUUUGUUAGCAGUGAUGGCGUCGUCCUGGGGAAUAUUUGUAUUAAUUAUUUCUUCACUUUUGGUCUGUGCUUCGACAGAAACGCGACAGUUUGGCACGGAAAACGUGAUCAAUGUGACAGCAGUUAGUGAAAAUGACGAGUUGACCUAUAACGUGCAGAUAAACUUGAACGUCACCCUGGUGGACAAUAAAACUAACGUCAACGGGGUUCCGCUCAAGCCGUCAGAGGUGAUGAGGAUGCCAUGCCAGGCUUUGCUGUUAGACGACAGUAACGUGAGCCUGAGCGACGGCGCCGGGACGUUGAUCAGCAGCGUGUUGAGGCUGAUGCUGGAUCACUCGUACCUGCAGAGCGAAGCAGGAGACGAGGUGCUGCUGCUGACUCUGGGGCAGGAGAUGAUCCAACUGGGUGAAGAGAAGGUUUGGCAGCCCGACGUGUGGGAAGUGAAAAUGCUGCUGAACCAGACCUCUGAGGAAGUCACCCAGGAACAAAACAUCUACCCAGCCAGAUCCAGCAAGAUCGUCGCCAUGCCGCGAGAGAAUGACAUCAUCAUGACCGACGAGUACAUCGCUAAAACAGUCGAGGACCAGGUCCUACAUACGACCAGUCACUACCCACUGAGGCAGGCUGAAACCACGCAGGAGGAGACGGCCGCACCGGGAAAGCUUCCCGAGACGCCACUGCGCAUGGAACCCAGCGCGCUGUACGAGGACGCACCCGAGGAGAAAGUUAAUCCUGAUGACCUGCUGCCAGACGUCCCUCUCCGACAGUCGCCCUCGUCUUAUAACGUGGUGUGUCGGUGGGUGGAGGAGCUCAGAGACAGGCUGAAGCGCUUCUGCUACGAGUCUCUGCCGCUCUUCUUCCUCAUCAUGUGGGUGGUGGUCGUCGGCGUCGUCGGCUCUGCGGUCAUCAUCAAGAUCCUCGACCUCUUGUUUCCCACGUGCGAACACAAGGGUUUCUUUCAUCUGAACCCAGAGACCCUGAUGCCGGAGGAGGAGAAGCAGAGCCUGAUAGAGAACGUGGAGCUGGAGGUGGAGGAGCAAGAGAAGAGCUGUGUGAAAGGAGAGCUGUACUGAUUUUUCUUUUUUUCCCCCCAUUACCUGCUUUUGGCAUUUCUGUGAGUGUUUUCCUUUCCAAAUGUAGCACUUUACGAGUCUCAGAUUUAUCCGUUUCUUUAUUCAAAAGAGUGAGCGAUGUUUCUGUUCCACUGAGGCAUUAUCCAGAUUUAAUAUUUACUAUUUUGUUUGUAUUUUUCAAGUUGCUAUUGCAUUGUGUCUAUGGAAAAAAUAUCCUGUUGUGUAUGAUGACGUAUUUAUGCACUUAACUCACACUAAGACGUGAACGUUAAGACAUGAUAAAGUAGGAUAUGGUGUAGUUUCGGGUCCAAGCUACAUAUUAUGGUCUGUGUUUUAAAAUUUUUGCGUAGCUAAUGCGGAGAGCGGUCACAAACAUUUCCGAUGACAAGAAGAAGGAAUAUACUGUACACUGAAUGAAUUUAAGUGAUUGCACCUUUGAAGAAGUGAGAGAGUACUUCACAUUUCGGUUUCACUCAUGUGGAAGUUCUAUGAUAAUGUCCUGAAUUAGCUGCUUUAAUGUUAGAGUUGUAAAAUUGAACCACAUGGCAUGUUGUCUGCUCUCAGACCACGAUCAUAUCCAUGUAUACGAAACAAAAACGAAAUAAAAAUUCUCAGUUGCGUUUAUGCACAUCCAAAUAAGAAACAUUGCUUUGGCUUUUGCUUCAACGUUAUCAGUGUGUACAAUGCUUACAGUACGUUUAUUUAAUGAAACGAGCCAUUGAUUUUUUUUUUUUUUCUUCUUCUGUAUUUCUGCCCUGACAGAUUCAUUAAUGUGUUUAAAUAUCGCUGCUGUCGUUCUUCACCAUACUGAGGCUUGAGAUUAGGACACAGAAACAAAGCUGCAGGUCCUGAGUAACCAUUAAUGUCUACAUCACAGCACUGUUUAAUUCUCAAAUCUGAUUGGUCUGAUUUAAUCUGGUUGAUUAAUUUUCUACAAUAGCAGCACUGACAGUAAUUCCAGCUGUAAUUCAAAUCACAGGUUUAUAUCAACACGCUCGCUCUAAUACUAAUAAUUAUCUCAGGUUCUCGGUAAUAUGACAAGCUGCCUGCCUUUAAGAGAGAUAAGUAUGACGUGAACAAUGUGCAAAAUCAUUAGAGUUCCCUAAUUACUGUCAUAUAAAAAGAAUAAAACACUUUAGGAUGUGCUGUUAGUGGAAAAUAAUCAACUUCAGGGUGUUAACAUCGUGUUUUAUUCCUUACUUAAAGCUGGACACUCACAAGGGUCGAACUCUUUCAGGAAAUUAACUUACUUCAUAAUACAUUAUUAAUUCUCUUAUAUUAAUAGAGCAGCUUCUGUUUCUAUCCAGCAUUAGAGCUCCACUGUCCUAAUCCAAACACUGUAGUUAUCGAGGUACACGGUGUGUUUGAGGGUAAUUAAAGUGUUAAUUGCGUAUCUGACCAUCAUGUUUUGGAACUUGCAGGAGCACGAGCGCACGCUUCAGAACACAAAGUUUCACUCUGUAACUGUUUUUCAUAGAACUUUAUUAUUAUCUUCAUAAACAACAACAUUACCACUUUGUCAGCUAAAUAAAAAAAGAUAGAUGUACAAGUAUUUUGGAAUGAGAUCAGUCUUAUAAAAAAAAAUAGACUGGGUCACUUGUUUACUGGAAAAAAGGCCCCUGAUUGGAAGUAGUGUAAUUGAAGUUCACCUCGAACGAAUCGAGGCAGCA